AGGAGGACUGUAAGAAGUACUUACAACGGAAGCAGGAGCAGGCCGACCAGCCGCUUCAAGUGCCAGCGGUAGACAGCAGCAUGCCAAAGACAUCAGAACUGAUGGGCAUCACCACCAGGGACGAUCCGUACGGGAACGGAACAGAGAUGUUUGAUGCCUUCAUCUGCUACUGUCAGAAAGACCUUCAGUUUGUCCAGGAGAUGAUCAGGGAGCUGGAACAAACAGAGUUCAAACUGAAGCUCUGCGUAUUUGAUCGGGAUGUCUUGCCAGGAACGUGUGUGUGGUCCAUCAGCGGAGAACUUAUAGAAAGGCGGUGCCGUAGAAUGGUGGUCGUCAUUUCAGAUGAUUACCUGGAAAGUGAUGAAUGUGAUUUUCAAACCAAAUUUGCUCUUAGUCUUUCCCCAGGUGCUCGUCUCAAACGGCUGAUUCCAGUCAAGUGCAAAACCAUGAAGAACGAGUUUCCAAGUAUCUUACGGUUCAUUACAAUUUGUGAUUACACCAAUCCUUGCACCAAAAAAUGGUUCUGGACGAGACUGGCAAAAUCCCUCCUGCUGCCGUGAUGCAAGUCAUGAGAGCUAGGUGCUCUUUUGUAAUCUGUCCUGGCUGUGCCUUCGGACCGCGGUGUCGUUCACGCAGGGUCUUUUACCACUUCAGAACCUGGAUCCUUGCAAUCGGUGUUUGGAGCCUGCGACCGGGAGCAAAGAAUUUUCUCUAGCACUUUUUUAUAACUCAGAAGGGGAAAUAAGGCAACUGUGGGAAUGUUCCUGCUCAAGUCAGUGAGCAACAGCGCCCAGCACUUUGUUAGUAAGCACUUUCACUGAAAAUAUAGAAAAUAUACAUUUAAAGACUG